AUGAGCGGGGUGCUGUCAGGGGUAACCACAUCUGUCAACCGUUCUUGGCCAAUAAAGAGCGGAGCGAGGCGGACCACAGGUGCGCGCCUCUGCGUCCCCUUGGCACAGCGCCCGGGAGAUGCUGGAGAGAGACGCCUAUCUGCCCCGUGGCGCAAAAGAGUUACUGUCAAAGGCAGCCUCCUUUUAACUCCAGCUAUCACUCUGGCUCCGAUAGUUAUGGCGACCGCAACAUCCAACCACUACAGCGUCCUCACCACCCCCAGCAGCGCGCCGCCGCCGCACUCGGAGUCCGGGAGCAUGCAGCAGGCGGCAGCGUACAGGGACGCGCACACCUUGCUCCAGAACGACUACGGCACGUUACCGGGCGGUGGGCAUCCGCUCAGCCACGCGCAUCAGUGGAUAACGGCGCUGUCUCACGGUGACAGCGGGGCGCCCUGGCCAUCGAGUCCCCUCGGAGAGCAGGACGUGAAGCCCGUGCUGCACGACAGUGACCGAGAGGAGCUGCAGAACUCCAGCAGUCUACAGCAGCAGCAACAGCGACACCCUCAUCUAGCGCACCAGCAGGCACAUCACGACGCCAGAGCAUGGCGAACCAGCACAGCCACCACGCACAUCCCCGGCAUGGCGACAUCUGAGGGCCAGAGCCUGGUGUAUUCCCAGUCCGGCUUCGGACUGAUGCCAGGGGGAGAGCAAGGGGGGAUGCACCUCCACCCCCUGCGGGACGAGGACCACCACAGCCACAGCCCGCACCUCAGUGAACAGGGAGGCGGCCCUGGGGCCCACCAGCAGUCUCUCUCACACCAUCACCAGCACGGGGGCCAUCAGGACCACUCGGAUGAGGACACACCGACAUCCGACGAGUUGGAGCAGUUCGCCAAACAGUUCAAGCAGCGACGUAUCAAGCUGGGCUUCACGCAGGCGGACGUGGGACUGGCUCUUGGGACGCUAUAUGGAAACGUCUUUUCUCAGACCACCAUUUGCAGGUUCGAGGCGCUUCAACUCAGCUUCAAAAACAUGUGUAAACUCAAGCCCUUGUUGAACAAGUGGCUGGAGGAGGCGGACUCCACCUCGGGGAGCCCGACUAGCCUGGAUAAAAUCGCCGCGCAGGGAAGGAAAAGAAAAAAGAGGACCUCCAUCGAGGUGGGUGUCAAAGGGGCUCUGGAGAGCCAUUUUCUCAAAUGUCCAAAACCGGGAGCAGCGGAGAUCACCUCCAUAGCGGAAAGCCUGCAGCUGGAGAAGGAGGUGGUGAGGGUUUGGUUUUGUAACAGGCGGCAGAAGGAGAAGAGAAUGACACCCGCUGGGGGACAGAUACCAGGAGAGGACAUGUACGGGGACACCCCUCCUCACCACGGAGGACAGACUCCUGUGCAGUGA